AACUCAUAAAAACACCUAAUAAUUUAUAUAUUAAAUUAUUUGUAUCUGUAAGUAAAUCUAUGUAUAAAUAUAGCACAUUUAUUCCAAUCAUCCUUAACGAUCUCUCUCCCUCCAAACAAUAACCAACUCCCAAACAUAUAGACCUUCUUCUUCCUCCAACGCACACUUUUUUGUAUCUCCAAUUUUCAUGAACUGAAAAAAUAAUCAUUAUUUUUUGUUUCUUCUAUGGCUUUCAAAGGUUCUGGGUUUUGAAAAUAUACUUUAGAUUUAUUUAUAUAUAACUAGAAACCCCAGAGAGCCCAAAUCAUGAUAAUGGAAGAGACCGGAGCCGAAGACAAAGAAACCCCAGAAAUGGUUUUGGAAUCAGAGGGGAAAAGGUUAGGACUUUUUGGAAAAAAAGAAGAAGAAGAAGUUGAAGAGGAUGAACAAGAAGACGAAGAAGCUUCUCCUAGAGGUGUUUUGGAAAUCCCUAUUUUGGGCAGAGCUGAUUCCGACGAUCACAGCAGUAGCUCCAGCGACAAAACGACAUCACCUUUGUCGUCGUCGUCUUCGUCUUCUUCGACGACGUCUCAGUGGAGAAGCGUUUUCUAUACACUAAAGAAGAAAUCCAUGAGACGAUUCUCGACCAUGCCGUUGUUGGUAGCGAGCUACGAGAUGUCGAAGAAGGGAAGGAAGCUGGCUCGGAUUCGCAGCGCGGACGACGCCGUUUCAGACCCCUUUGAUAUUCCUAUUGCCAAGCCCUCGUGGAGGAACUUUGACCAAUCUGAGCUGGCGGCUGCCACCGCUAAUUUUAGUCCUGAGAACAUGAUCGGAAAAGGUGGGCAGGCAGAGGUUUACAAAGGGUGCCUUCCUGAUGGUCAACUCGUGGCGGUGAAAAGGUUGACCAAAAAAGAGAAGGAAAACGAGGAAAGAAUUGGUGAUUUCUUAUCAGAGCUUGGGAUCAUUGCCCACAUAGACCAUCCAAAUGCAGCUAAGCUGCUUGGUUUUGGUGUUGAUGGCGGUUUUCACUUAGUCCUUCAAUUUUCCCCACAUGGCAGCUUAGCUUCCCUUCUCUUUGGUUUGGAGUGUUUGGAAUGGAAAAUAAGAUUUAAGGUGGCAGUUGGGGUAGCACAAGGAUUGCAAUAUCUACAUCAAGGUUGCCAGAGACGAAUUAUUCAUAGAGACAUUAAGGCCUCUAACAUACUACUCACUCAAGAUUAUGAGGCUCAGAUUUCUGAUUUUGGACUUGCAAAAUGGCUUCCUGAAAAAUGGACUCACCAUAUUGUUUUCCCAAUUGAAGGCACAUUCGGAUAUUUGGCACCAGAAUACUUCAUGCAUGGAAUUGUAGAUGAGAAGACAGAUGUGUUUGCUUAUGGAGUUUUACUGCUCGAGCUCAUAACUGGUCGUCGAGCAGUUGAUUCAAGCCAACAAAGCCUUGUGAUCUGGGCAAAGCCUAUGCUGGACACAAACAAUGUUAGGGAUCUUGCAGACCCUAGAUUAGGCAAUGAAUUCGACUCAAUUGAAAUGAAACAAAUAAUGCUGACAGCUUCCAUGUGCAUUCACCAUCAAUCUUCUAAACGUCCAUACAUGAAUCAGGUAGUUAAGAUAUUAAAGGGUGAAGAUGGACAUGUGGAUUUGAAGCCAAAAACUACUUCAGGAGCCGUGAGAUCAGUGAUGUUAGAUGCUUGUGAUGUGGAAGAUUACACUUGUUCAACUUACUUAAAUGACCUGAAUCGUCAUAGACAACUUGUUAUGGAGUGAAAAUGAGUCUUUUUUCUUUUGAUUAUUAAGCUCUUUACGCUUCUUGUUGCUUCUUUGGCAACCUGCUUUUAUUGUUGUUACUUGUUUUUGUGGGAAUAUUAAAACGGGUCAUGGGUAAUUGGGUAUAGCUCUGUUCUUAAUGUGGGCGUGAAUUGCCAACUUCACUAAAGUUGUUGUCUGUAUAAAAUUAUAGUGAAAAAAGAAAGGAAAAAAAACAUGCCACUUUUGUUUUGUGACUGAAUCAAAAUAUACAACAUUUCCUUUCUUUUUUCUUUA